UAUUGCCCCAUUCUCGAAUCGGAAGACGUUUGUUCGACCGAUGAUGGUGAUUGGAAGUAUCAUCAUGGGCGUGGCUAUCUCAAUGGCCUCCCUUGCAUCCAGUGUAGUUGGGUUUGCUGUUGCUAUGGCUACAUCAGGAGUUGGAUAUGCGUUCGUAAUGCUACCUUCUGUGGUUAUUUGCAACCGAUACUUCACCAAGCACUUCGCAAUGGCCUUGGGGAUCAUCGAAAUUGGAUCUUCCCUGAGCCUGGUGUUUCCUCUGGUGACCGAAAAGAUACUGGAAGCUACUGGGUUGAGGGGUACGAUCCUCUUGCUCGGAGGGAUUUCCUUGAACAUGGUUGUUUGUAGCGCUCUUCUUCGAGAUCCAAGAACACUGAGAAGGAAAGGAUCUCCACGCACGAAAGGGACAAGUAAUUGUGCAGAGGACUCUGACAGAAACGAAGACUCGAUGAGUACGUUUCAUGGAAGACAUAAGGAACAAUGCUUAAGUACAUUUAGAUGUCCACAGGAAGAUUCAACAUUACUUCACCGAAACCAAAAUACACAUGCUGAUGUAAGGGACUGUCAGAUAAAUGAUUUUGAUCGGGAGAAUGUUAACAGCACCGUGAUCACAAACCCUACAAACAGGGAUGACAGUGUAAAAGAUCAGGUGUUUCGUUACAAAUCCCCCAAAAGUAAAAACCCAGAGCACAUGGUUAGAACAGUUCUUUUAAGUCCAUUCCGAUGGCUAUGGUGUUUCCUCGACCUCUCUCUUUGUCGAGAUGAACCAUUCUUGAAUUGUAUUUAUCUCGCCACCUCCUUUUUCGCCAUGGUACAUACAGCUUGGUACAUAUUCUUUGUUCCUCAUGCCCUGGCCAAAGGAAUAACACUCUCACAUGCUGUUCUUAUCAAUCUUAUCGCUGGAGUUGGUGAAAUAAUUGGUGCUCUCUUCCAAGGUCCUGUCAUAGACAGAGGCUGGAUGACAUCACUGGGUCUCUUCAUGGUCAUGUCUUUUCUAAACAGUGUCGUUUUCUUCCUUGAUCCACUCUUGUCAAACGUUAUGCUUCUGGCAGGAGCGGGAUUCGUCAAUGGCUUCUUCCUGGGAGGAACUUUAACCUUAACGUCAGUUAUUCUAAAGGACACAGUAUCCCAAGCUCGAUUCGCAACAUCUUACGGGUUGAGCAGUCUGUCCUACGGGAUUGCAGGACCAAUCGGUGGAUUUACUGCAGGAUGGAUAGCAUCAUUAGUUGGCUAUGAAAUGGCUUUUGUUUUCCUCGGAGGGUUGAGUAGUGCUAUUCUAUUAGCAAUGAUUCCUGCAUAUUGCCACUACGACUUCAAGCGCAACACAGAUCAAAGAGAUUAUAGAGAAACACCUGUCUAAACUUUUCUUUCAGUGUCAAAGUUUAAGAAAACUGCAGUUUGGUUACAUGCCUUGAUAUUGCCAAUUUCAAGGCAUUUGGAAUAAGUUACUAUUUUUUUUUCUUCUUCAUGGCUAUAAUGACAGGAAUAAGUUUUAUUUUAAAGCUUCCUCUCAUUAUAAUGAAAACAAAAACAGAAUUGCAUUAUUAUUUUUUGCGAUUUCUUUUAUAUUGACCAAUUUUAACGUUACUCAAAGAAAGAGACAAUUGUUUUUUAUUAUCACUUCUGAUUUUCAUUGAAUCACUUUGUAGACAUAAACUGUAUAGAGCACAUUUUAUUUGAUGUAUACCCUUGCUUUUGAUUUGUUUUGUUUUGAAUGAA